GACAACCCAACGCCUUCCUCACCACCACGGAAAAAGCGACGGCACAACACCCGGCCGUCCAGCUCUUCAGAGGAAACUCUGUUAAAAAGGAAGAGCCGUCCACGGGUCGUAUCGGUGAUAACGAUACCUCCAGCCGAGCAGGUGAUCAUCCGACCCAACAAGGAUUCUAAACGUCCUCCGCAGCCGGAGGAACCGCUUAUCCAGGAAGAUCUAAUAGAUCCGACCACGCCGCCACGGGCAAUAACUCCGGACUACCAGCCCGCGGAAGUACCUCCGCUAAUCCAGGACGAGCCACCCGUUUCGCCAACUCCAGCGGCGAUUCCUCCAGCCGGUACUGCACACCACGAGACUGCCGUAACGUGGGAAUUAGAACGCCUAUCACUUCAGCCGCCACGUUUCAGUCGACCGCGGCACCCACCUCUCGAACCGCGGGAUCCAAGGAGUUCACGCCCUAUCUCGCCGCGUCACAGUGUGACCACCGCAGACAAGUGGACCCAGACCAGCACCUACGCUACAGCACGGAGGGAGAAGCAGCGGGUUAAGAAAAGGCAGCGAGCUCCACUCACAGAAACCAAACAGCUCUUGUAA